UUCAAAAACCUCCACUCAUUUCUCCCUCCCUUCGCCAAUGGCUAAUUCUCUACUUCUCUCUCUCCUUCUUUUCUCUCUCUUCCUCCGCCUCUCCUCCGCCACCUACUCUAUCGGUGUCAACUACGGCACCGUCGCCGACAAUCUCCCUCCGCCCUCCCAGGUCGCCGCCUUCCUCAAAUCCCACACCACCAUCGACCGCGUCAAGAUCUUUGACGCCAACCCCGAUAUUCUCCGUGCCUUCGCCGCUACUGGCAUCGCCCUCACAGUCUCUGUCGCUAAUGGCGACAUUCCGGCCCUCGCCAAGCUCCCCGCCGCUCAAUCCUGGAUUGCCAAUAACAUUCUCCCGUUUCACCCUAACACUCUCAUCAACCACAUCGCCGUCGGGAACGAGAUCCUCGCCACCUCCGACAAGAAUCUCAUAGCUCAUAUGCUCCCCGCGAUGAAGGCUUUACAUUCCGCUUUAACCCUCGCGAAUAUUACUGAUAUUAAGGUUUCGUCUCCUCAUUCUUUGGGGAUUUUGUCGGCAUCGGAGCCGCCGAGUACCGGGCGGUUUCGGAAGGGGUACGAUCGAGCCAUAUUCGCUCCGAUCCUCGAGUUUCAUCGCAAGACAAAGACGCCGUUCAUGGUGAAUCCGUAUCCAUUCUUUGGAUUCAGACCGGCGACGUUGGACUACGCGCUGUUCAAGCCGAACGCCGGAUUUUUCGACAACACCACCGGAAAACACUACACGAAUAUGUUCGAUGCGCAGAUGGACGCGGUUCACGCAGCGAUGAACAAGCUCGGGUACGGGGAUGUGGACAUCGUCGUGGCGGAGACUGGGUGGCCAUCCGCCGGUGACCCGAACCAACCCGGCGUGAGCUUGGAAAACGCUAUUUCUUACAACCAGAACCUCGUGAAGCACGUGAACUCCGGUAAGGGGACGCCAAUGAUGCCCAACAGAACUUUUGAAACCUACGUCUUCUCUCUUUUCAACGAGAAUCUCAAACCGUCGGUCUCGGAGCGGAACUACGGUCUGUUCAAGCCCGAUCUAACUCCGGUCUACGACGUCGGCAUCCUCCGAAACUCACCGACAACGGGCCCCACAGCACCGGCAGGGCAGGCGCCGCAGCCGUCGGAUGGUGGGAGGAAGUGGUGCGUGCCGAAAACGGACGCGUCAGAUGAAGCGUUGCAGAAGAAUAUUGACUACGUGUGUAGCAGUGGAGUGGACUGUGGGCCCAUACAAGCAGGUGGGGCCUGCUACGAUCCGAACACAGUGCGGUCACAUGCAUCCUACGCCAUGGACGCCUACUUUCAGUCCUCUGGUCGCCACGAUUUCAACUGCGAUUUCAAUCACACUGGCGUCCUCACUUCCACCGACCCCAGUUACAAAGCCUGCAGUUACCCGUUGGGUGCCGAAAAGUUAACGGAGAAAUCGGUGGCCUCUGCGGCGGCGAUGAGACGUAGGAUCAGGUUGUUGGGGGCGGUGGCGCGGACAUGUAUUGCGGUGGUUGCUGGCGGUGUAUUAUUAAUUUGAACCCAAAAAGUGUAAUUUAUGACCGUUGGAGUUGGGGCUUUUGGAGUUCAUAGGAAUUUUAGAUGUACUAAUUAAUGCUAUUUGUUUUAUAUUUAAUUCUGAAUGCUUUUUGUCACUUUUUGACCAUCUAAUUGAGUUGAAUCUUUUUG